AUGAAAUCCAAAAUAGACAAAAUGACCCUGAACCUCUCUGCUGACAACCUCACCUCGGACAACUUCACGCUCCUGCCAUAUUACAUCCACUCGGCAGGGAUGGCGGUCAGCUACAUCCUCUCAUACCUGCUGGUGCUGCUCCUCUGUGUCGUGGGGAACGGACUUGUCUGCCUGGUGAUCAUCAGGAACCGACACAUGCGUUCGGUCACUAAUCUCUUCAUCCUGAACUUGGCCAUUAGUGAUCUGCUGGUCGGCGUGUUCUGUGUGCCCACCACACUGAUUGACAACCUCAUCUCAGGUUGGCCUUUUGGCCAGGUCACCUGCACUGUGAGCAACCUGGUCCAGGGCAUGUCAGUGUCUGCUUCUGUCUUCACCCUGGUUGCCAUAGCAGUUGAUAGGUUUUCCGGGAUUGUUUACCCUUUCCAUCACCGCCUGAGGCCGGUCACUGCACUCUUCGCCAUCAUCUUCAUUUGGCUGCUCGCUUUUGCCAUCAUCUUUCCUUCCGCUGCAACCCUGACCGUCAUUCACCUGGAUGACAUCUACAUGGUGCAGGACAAGCAGAUCUACCCACUGUUUGUGUGUUUCGAGGACUGGCCGAGAGCCGACAUGCGACGAGUUUACACCACAGUAAUCUUCAUCCAUGUUUAUCUGGCCCCGCUGGGUCUCAUAAGCAUCAUGUACGGCUGCAUCGCUGGCAAACUCUCCAACAACCUACGUGAGAAUCGAGCUCGCUCUAGGAGGAGGAUGAAAGUCAUCAAGAUGCUCAUCAUGGUUGCCGUUCUCUUCAUGGUGUCCUGGCUGCCGCUUUGGACUUUGAUGCUUCUUACGGACUAUCAGGAUCUGGACCGCCAACAGAUUGACUUCUUGAGCAGCUAUCUUUUUCCUGUAGCUCAUUGGCUGGCGUUCUUCAACAGUGGGGUUAAUCCGAUCAUCUACGGCUUCUUCAACGAGAACUUCCGGAGGGGCUUCCAGGCCGCUAUGGCCUGCGGCUCCUGCAACUCUGUUGGGUUGGAGAUGUGUCACACGCACUUUGCUCUCCCGCCCCCUAACAAAGUAUCCAACGGGAGCCGAGGUGUGACCAACAGGCGGAAAGAUUGCUGCUUCGCUGUAAUGCCUCAAGGGGCGGCAAAUGGUAUUCAGGGAAUUCUCCUUGAGGACAUGAAUGUAAUUACAGCCUCCCACAGAGUUAUAGGAGCCUGGAUGGAGUGAAGGAUUGAGGAGUUCUAUAUCCCAGGAGAAAGCUGUAGCAUUGCCAUUCUUCUCAAUGACUCAAGUUCCUCAGUUUGCUUCAUAGAUAAUCAUUCCCCAAACAUGUGAUUCUGAACUUUUCAACCUUUUUGUAUGUUGCUCGCAAAAAUUAUUUCAGAAUAAACAGCUACUUUUGAAUGGCUGUGUAACGAGUUAGCUCAAAGGGGAAAUAUUAAUAAUAACUCAUAACUUGUUAUGAUUAAUUAUGA